AUGACAGAAACUCGAACCCAGGCAGCAUCCGAUUCACAACAUGCCCUCCAACAUACCUGCCUCCCAGAUCAUUUGGAAGAAACCUUCCACCUCCAAGACCUCGAACUCAUGAUGCACUGGUGCACAACAACCUACAAAGCACUGGCCCGGGACCCCCCAUCCGAGAAGAUAUGGCAAACAAUCGUACCUAACAUCUCUCUUCGAUACCCAGCCCUGCGCCACGGCAUCCUCGCCCUAUCAGCCCUAAACCUAGCCUCAUCAAGCACCGGGCCGUCCAGAAGAUGGCGAUACCUCGAAACAGCCCGUGCCCACCAAGCCCAAGCCCUGAACGGACUCCGGCAAGACAGCCAGGACCUCACCGACUCCGAAUGCAACGCAACCUUCGCCCUCAGCUGCAUCAUGCUCGUCUUCGCCUUCGGCUACUGCAACCACGAAAUAGAAAACGACGAACCAGACGAAGACCAGCCAGACGCACUGGAUGAGUUCUUCGAAGUCUUCCAGCUAACCCGGUGGCUGGUGAGCAUAAUGAUAAGCCUCAACGACCGAAUCUCACUGACAGAGCUCGGACCACUAAUUACACCGGAUGAUGCCCGCCCAACCAUGCCCGAUAUGUCACGGUUAGUGACCCUCUCGCUUCGACGACAGAAUAUCAUGGAAGCCGAGCGUGAUCCAACACACGAGAAGGAGAUCUAUGACUCCGCCAUUGAGCAUCUAAGCAACUCCCUCGAAAAACUGAUGACAGGCGGCGAGCCGCGGAUUUUCGCAUUUUGUUGGAGUUUCCGUGUUCCAGGACCGUUCUUAGAUCUGAUGGCUUCGCACCAACCUUUUGCGCUGGUUGUGCUCGCUCAUUAUGCUGUCAUCUUGCAUCACCUGCGGGAUAUGUGGUGGAUGGGUGAUUGGGGAACUAGGAUUCUGAAGGAAAUUGGGGACUUGUUGGAGCCGGAGUGGCGCGAGCUUAUUAGCUGGCCUAUUGAUGCCACGGGGUGUUUCAUCCCGGAGUGA